AUGUCCCUGAGCUACUGGAACAAUACGAGCAGCAACAAAUCCGACCCCUAUUUCUUUGACUACUACACGGCACCGAGCGAGAACGCCGCGGAGUUCCUGCAGAUGAGUACCUACCUACAACGACCGAUCGUGGACCAGGAAAACACCUUUGAAACCAUCGAGAUCGACGAAGUCGGACAAGUGGCUCGGGGGGACUUCGUCUUGAAGCAAAGCUCGGGAGCCAUGGUGCCUCCGUUUUCCAUGAACAAACUCGCUCCGACCGGCAACUACACGUACAUCGCGCACGCGAUUUUCAGGGAACACCUGGCCGACGCCUUCACGUCCGUGUAUCUCAACAGCAGCGAGCCCGUCCAGGACUGCGAAGCAUUCACCCCGGUUCUCGUUGCAUGCGAUACGAGACUCACUACACCGACGGAGAUGGUCUACAGGGACGGGAUGCAGCUGCCCACCAUCAAAAACCGCGAGUUCCUGGCCCCCCGUCAUCGACACCUGGUGCAGGGUCGUCUACACCAACACUCAAAAAUACAACAUGACCAGUGGUCAAAAGACAAAACAGUGAUAUCGUGGACUUGA